AUGACGAUCUCUGAAGACGAGAUUCAGCCCGUCGGCCCCUCUACGGCUGGCGAAGAUGUUCGGCUGGAACAUCUGGGCUAUGAGCAGGAGCUCAAACGGUCCUUCGGUCUCCUGGGUAUGAUUGGAUUCAGCUUCAGUGUGGUCACAUCGUGGACUGCUCUCGCGGGCGUCUUCACCGUCGGAGUCACCUCCGGCGGUCCACCUGUCAUGGUAUUCAGCUUCAUUGGCGUCAGCCUCCUCACCCUUGCCGUGGCCAUCCCCAUGGCCGAAAUGUGUUCCAUGUACCCGGUGGCCGGAGGCCAAUACAGCUGGGUGGCGGCCCUGGCACCCCCACGUUUCGCCCGCGAGCUAUCCUACAUCACAGGCUGGUUCAUGUUAAUCGGUCUUCUCGCAAUGGGCGCAACCAACAACUCCAUUGCCGCGCAAUUCGUGCUCGGAAUGGCCAACCUCGUCUUCCCGUCCUACGAGAUCCAACGGUGGCAAACCGUCCUCGUCGCCUACCUGGUGGCUAUCCUUGCCGCCGGCAUCAAUAUCUGGGGCCCCCACCUGCUGAACCGCAUCGCCCGGUUCAUCCUGAUCUGGAACAUCGGCUCCUUCCUCAUCACCGUCGUCGUGCUGCUCGCCACAAACGACCACAAACAAUCCGCGUCCUUCGUAUUCGUCGACUUCCAGAACUUCACCGGCUGGGACCGCGCCAUGGCCGCCAUCAUCGGCAUCCUGCAAGCCUGCUUUGGCAUGUGCUGCUACGACGCCCCGGCCCACAUGACGGAGGAGAUGAAAUCUGCCUCCAAACAAGCCCCUCAAGCCAUCAUCCUCUCCGUCGUCCUCGGCGCCAUCACCGGCUUUGCCUUCCUCCUCGUGCUCUGCUUCUGCAUCGGAGACAUCACUGCCACCGCCGACUCCGCCACCGGUGUCCCCGUCAUCCAGAUCUUCUAUGACUCCACCGGCAGCAAAGCCGCCGCCUGCAUCCUCGCCAGCAUGAUCGCCGUCAUCGUCAUCGUGGCUGGAAAUAACAUCCUGGCGGAGGGGUCCCGCUGCGUUUAUGCCUUCGCCCGCGACAACGGCCUCCCUUUCAGCCAGUUCCUCGCGAAGGUUGACAAGAAACGCCAGGUUCCCGUCAACGCCAUCAUCCUCACCUUGGUCGUCCAGUUAGCCCUAGACGCGAUUGACUUUGGUACUUCUACUGGAUUUGAGACCGUCAUUGCCAUCUCUACCGAGGGAUUCUACCUCUCCUACGCAAUGGCCCUCUCCUCCCGCCUCCUCGGAUAUAUAACGAACCAUCACCGCACCCUGACGGGCUCAUUCUCCCUCCCCCCGGGGACAUCCAUCAUGCUGAACGUCCUCGGCCUGCUGUUCUUGCUCUUCGCCUCCAUCACCUUCAACCUCCCCAGCACCUACCCCGUCACCAAAGACUCCAUGAACUAUACCUCUGCUGCGAUUGGCGUUAUCGGGCUGAUUAGUCUGGGGACGUGGGUCGUUACGGGUCGGAAGCAUUUUACGGGGCCCGGGGGUGGGGAUAUUACUGGGGGUGGGAAGAUGUGUUUCGGUAACGCCAUCUAG